AUGCUUCCCGCACGAGCACCUCUCACCCGCGCCGCCUCCUCAUCUUCGGCGACCUCGCACCAAUCCGGCACCAUCAAGGAGCACUGGAAUGAUCUCCCCUCGCAUAUGGUGACACCACCUUCGCGCUCCCUCACCUCCACGCCUCUCUCCGUUCCUCCAGGUAAUGAGGAGGAUGACGAAGAGGAAUUCCCAGCUUUGCUAGAAGCAUUGUUUGUGAGCACGCCGACAACGCUGCCCGAGCGUGAGAGAAAGCUAUUGCAUGAAAAAGUGGUUAAGAGUCUAUCUACGAUCACGGCCCUACAGAAAAGAGAGGUGGCGCAGAUAAUAAAGAGGCUGGUGAUUGAGAGGUCUCUGGGGAAAAAAGAGGCGAAAGAGGCAGUGGUUGCGUUUAUUAUGAGGGAAAGGGGUGUGGUGGGGUGGGCUGGAGGUGUCCGGAGGGGAGUCGAGAGUGUAAUCCUCGACACAGAAGCAUAG